AUGUCGAAUCCCAUUGGCAUUCGACUUCUGGUAACGCUGCUGGCGACCGUAGUCCAGACAGCUUCCAGUGCAUCGUUGCUCCAGCCGCUCUCCACCCAGCUGCCGAACAGCACCACCUUCCCGACUGCUCCGGUGCAGCAUCACCUGCCACCAUUUGGCACAGAGAUUUCUGGUCCGAAGGCGACGAACAAGUUCUGGGCGAACUGGGUGGUGGAAGAGGGACGUGGCCUUGCCAUCCACCCCAUGCCCUACGUCUUGCAGUUCGAGUCGCAGCCGGGAGAAGCACCCAACCUCAAGGUCUCACGCAGCCAAUCUCCUCACGUGGCCUAUGGCGAUGCUGAUUCUAACGGCCCUGACAAGAUCCGUUACUAUUUCUCACCGGUUAUCAACGAGUUCGGCCUGGGAGCCCUCGAACACACCGGCAUGGAGGGCCCGGUUGUCGUCAAGGAGGGCCUCUUCGGCAUCCAUGUGGAGCUUCGGGGCCCGGCAGGAACAUCUCGGAAGAUGACCUUUCCCAUCUACAGCGGCAUGGCCUACGUGUCAGCGUUUUACGAGGGCGGCUUCACCCCGAAGAUCACCUCUCAGAGGGCGCUGCUCGGAGUCGAUCCGAUCCAGGAUGGGGUCUGGCGACUGACAAACAAUGGUGGCCGGGAGUUCCGCCUCUAUGCCAUCCUGUCAUCUGGUGAGUUUGCUGAUGGCACCUACCAGUUCAACAGCCAAGGUCUGAUGAACAAGCCUUUCGAGGGAUGGUUGCGUCUCGCUGAAGUUCAGGUACCAAGCGACCCGGAAGUUCUUGACCAGCACGCCGGAGCUGUCCUCUCGGAUUGGGACAUGGACGUGGAGCUGGGCACUUUAACGUAUCAGUUCUCGAAAAGCGGCCUGCAGAAUGUCCCGGUCCUGCACUUUGGCUAUGCCCACCAUGAGAAGAUGCUGGUUGGGGACACUCAAGAGGUGUCCGCCCUGACACCGAUGCGGCCACCAACCAAAGGCAAGAUGUUGGGUGUGGUUGGUGAUUCCUGGGUUAUGGACAUCGAUACCACGGACGUCCUUCAGCUCGGGUUUCUGCCAGUGAACGAACCGGCUGCGGAGCAUGCAGACUUCUUGGCCGAGAAGGCCAUCGGAACCUCGCAAUGGUUCCUGGAUUCCGACAACUGGAAGCUGGCAAUGUUCCGUGGGAGCUUUUAUUUCAGUGGGAAGGGUUUCCAGAAGGUCGCCUAUGUUUGCCUGCUGCUGGAGAAGUUCCACGGAAGCAAUCACGGGGAGACUCAGGCCUGUGCGGAGAUCUUGGCGAAGGGAUUCCGGUGCCUCUACGACCGAAGUCUUCUGGGAUGCGAUGGCGCUCCGAUCGGUGCCUACUACGACGAUUCCUGGGGAGGAGUCGCCAGCCGGGAGGGCUACGGAGAGCUUGGUUGCCGCAACGCCGACUUCGGGAAUGCAUGCUACAAUGACCACCAUUACCAUUUCGCCUAUUACGUUGUCUCUGCUGCCAUCCUCGUGAAGCUCAAGCCGGAGUUCGCGACCAACGUGCCCUUCGUGUCUUUCGUUGAGACGCUGAUCCGGGACACUGCAAACCCAAGCCGAGAUGACCCAUACUUUACCACUUUCCGAGCCUUCGAUUGGUUUGACCUUCACUCUUGGAGCCGCGGAGUCGUUCCGAGCGCGGACGGUAAAGAUCAGGAAUCCACUUCCGAAGAGCUGAACCUGCUGUACGGAAUCAAACUCUGGGGCUCCGUCAUGCAGAAACCUGCCCUGCGAGACCUCGGAGCGACCAUGCUUGCCCUGUGUGCCUUGACUGUGAAGGAGUUCUUCCUUAUGAAGUCAGACAACAUUCACCACCCACCAGACUUUGUCAAGAAUCAUGUUACGGGCAUCUUCUUCCAGAACAAGGUCGACUAUGCCACAUGGUUCGGUUGGCGCUACGAGUACAUCCACGGCAUUCAAAUGCUUCCACUGUCUCCAGCUCUGCUCCUUUCGCGCACGACAGAGUUCUGCACCCAGGAGUGGAAUAAUAUCCUGUCUCAACUUGCCCUGCCGUCGACGGAUCCUUGGACGUCGAUCCUGCUUACGGGUACCUUGGCGUUGGUGGACCCGGCAGAAGCAUAUGCCAGGCUGAUGGACAUCGAUGACUCCUUCAUGGAUGACGGCCUUACCAAGGUUUGGGCAUUGUACUGGGCUGCCACGGCUGCCACUGGCACGUCCCCUGCCACUACGACUACGACUUCGAACCCUUCGGGAACCGCACCCUCGACCACAAUCACGGUGGCAUCCUCCACAUCCUUCCUGUCACCCACCACGACGACAACCACAACAACCACAACAACCACAAGCACAACUACCACGACAACGACAUCUGCGGAGACAUCCACGACCCCAGCCGGCAUCCCGGAAGUCAACCUGGCUUUGGAGAGGCGCACUGAAGCUUCCAGUGAAGCGCCUACUUUCACCUCCAUGUGGGCUGUGGACGGCUUGUUCACCACGCGGUGGAGUCCGGCAGCUGAGGAUGUGGUUCCAUGGAUCGCGGUCGAGCUGGAUGGCAUCUACCAGCUUUCGCAUAUUGUGGUGGUGUGGCAGGAGUUCUACCCAAGCAGCUAUGAGAUCCAAACCAAGGGGAGCGGUAACACCUGGGUGACCUUGGCAUCACAGGUGGGCCGCGCCGGCGCAGUGAAGACCGAACUGCAAGGCUCGGACUCGGUGAGCUGGCUGCGCUUGCUUUGCCACGGCGGUUCGGAGCUUCGCGUCUUCGAGUUCCAGGCCUACGGAACACUGGACACAGAGACGACAACGACUCCAGAGCCGGUUGAGACUGGCACAUCCACUACAACCACCACGCCCUUCGAUGGCCUGAACCUCGCGCAGGGCAAGCCGGUGCUCGCAUCCUCCUUCCGUUCGCCUACAGAGUUUGCUUUCCGUGCAGUUGAUGGCAUGCUUGAGACGCACUGGGCGUCUGCCCUCGCGCCGGAGCAGUGGAUUUGGGUGGACCUGCUGGGGGCCUACGAUCUCACAUCGGUGUUGGUUCUGUGGGGCUCGGACUUCCCAGGCCAAUAUUCCAUUCAAACAGCUCCCAACGGGAUAGACUGGACGACAUGGGCUGUGGAGACGGGCAUGGCAGGCGCCGUCCGGACCACUUUUCCUCAGCAAGUCACAGGCCAGUGGAUUCGAAUCUUCUGCCACUCCGACACAGGUUGCGGCAGCAUCGACGAGCUGCGCAUCUUCGGGACGGACCCCAGCUACCUCUCCACAACGGUCACAACGACGCCUACAGUAGGUGGCACGACGCUUGGCACCGAAACCACCACGAGCACUGGUGCAGCGACCACUGGCUCCCGGCCUGCGGCGGUGAAUUUGGCACUGAACCAGCCGGCCCUUGCCUCGAGUGGAUUGUUUCAAACCCGGGCUGCGGAUGGCUCCCUGACGACCCAGUGGUCAUCGCUGCCCGGAGACCAGAUGCCAUGGCUUUGGGUGGACCUUCGUGGACGCCAUGACGUUUCUGAAGUGCUGAUUUCGUGGGGGUCGGAAUCUCCUGCAGAGUUCCGCCUGGAGGCCGGGUACAGCGCAGCUCACUGGACACCUAUUAUCACGGCAGCAGGGCAGGCCAACAGCGAGGUGCGGGUGGUCUUCAACCCGGUGAACUUGCAGUUUUUGAGGGUCCUUUGUGCCGACCUAGGGUCUUCGACCGGCUGCAGCAUUCGGGAGCUUGAGGUGUACAACUCUGGCCCACCACCGACGACCUCAAGCACCACGCAGAGCUCGAGCGCAGCCUCAACGACUGGAUCCAGCUCCGAGACUUCGGAAGCCGGAACCACAGAUGCUGCGCUGCCCACAACCUCGAACUGGACGGGUCCUCAUUCUGAGAACACCUCCACAUCGACCGUGACCGUCACCACCACGCUUCCUCCCAACAUUGCUUUGAGGAAGCCCAUCCGCGCCUCGUCGCAGCGGUCGCCCACAGAGUACGCGGCGCGUGCGAACGAUGGCGACGAGGGCACGCGCUGGGCUUCUGCGGGAGGCCACACGGAAUGGAUCUUGAUCGACCUGCUGGGCAGCUACGUCUUGGAGGGCGGUGUCAUCCUGUGGGGCGAUGUCGUGCCAGCCAGCUACGGUCUCGAGGUCAGCUCCGAUGGCGUGAACUGGGCACCGGUGUUUGAUGAGAUGACGCCGUCUGCGGACUACCGCAACUACAACAACCUUCCCAGCAUUCUUGGGCAGUGGUUGAAAGUGACAUGCCACAACGAAGGCGCUACCGGAUGCAGCAUGAAGGAGGUGCAGGUGCACGGUAUCCGAGCCGCGGACGUGAGCCUUGCAGAGCUCGAGGAGUUGGCAGAAAGGACGUCCCGUGCAAGCGGGCUCUUCGCUUUGCCCUGCUUGGUUUUCAUGCUCCUGAGGAUGUUGGUCUAG